UGUUUGCGGAUCGUGUAUGCAGAAGCGCUUAAAUAUUAAUCACAUUACGGAUGUUUUUGCCGAAGUGACGCGCGCGUAAUAGACGGAACGAUUAUCGAGAUGCCGCGGAUGUACAGGUGUAGCGAGAAUGGAAGUCCGUGCUAAAUACGGAUCGCACAACUUGCAAAUAAGCAGCGCCGAUGGACGCGGCCAUGUUUUCUGGUAGCAGAAAUCUUACCCAUUAAUAAUUCGUUAAUCGUUGACCACGAAGUGGAGUGUGCAGGAUGCCGAAAUGCAAUACGAAGGCAAGGUAUCUACCAGCUACGUUGGCCUGGACAGUCCUACUCAGCACCACGGCACUCUUCUUCUGUUUUCCGUGCCAGUAUUAUGUGUUUCGAUGGGGAACAUGGGUACCUGUGCUUCAAGGAGUCAUCAUUUUUUUUGUUUUAGCAAAUUUUACACUAGCAACAUUCAUGGAUCCAGGUUUUAUACCAAAAGCACUUCCUGAUGAGGAUCAAGAGAAAAGUUAUCCAGCUCCUAUAUAUACAAGUGUGCAAAUCAAUGGCAUUACAGUUCGUAUGAAGUGGUGUGGCACAUGCAAAUUCUACAGGCCUCCACGUUGUUCACAUUGUAGCAUUUGCAAUCAUUGUAUUGAGACAUUUGAUCAUCAUUGCCCUUGGGUGAACAACUGUAUUGGUAGGAGGAAUUAUAGAUUCUUUUUUUUCUUCCUUUUGUCACUCAGUUUUCAUAUGCUCAGUGUGUUUGGACUAUGCCUAUAUUUUGUAUUGGAACGUAAGCAGCAACUGGGUGAAGUGGACACUAUUGUUGCACUUGUACUUAUGGGAGUGGUUGCAAUUUUGAUCAUUCCAAUCUUUGGACUAACCUGUUUUCACAUAGUACUUAUUUCCCGAGGGCGUACAACAAAUGAACAAGUAACGGCUAAAUUUCCCGAUGGCGUCAAUCCUUUUUCUCAUGGCUGCUUACACAAUUGCUGUUAUACGCAAUUUGCACCACAAUACCCCAGUUUAAUUAAGCCUGAAAAGUAUUCAGGAAAACGACGAGGAAUGUCUACAUCUGAGAUUUCGACUAUAGGCAGUGAGAACCAGGUAAAAACCUACAUGGAUAGCAGCAAUGGUGUUAGAAAUGCCAGUUCAAAUGCUUACAAUAAGUUAUCGCCUGGACGAGAUGGGUCAGACACAGAUAUGGAACCUACCGCGUCACAGUCCGCGGAUUGCGAACCCACACCUCCAUUACAAAGACACGGUUCAAAAAAUAAUUUCUUCCUGCCACCUGUGGAGAACAGUGAGUCCCCCAGGCACCCACCACCGUCACAACAUUGCCAUCCGAUGCACUACACCAGGGGCAGCCCUCAUCCAAGGCCCAGGUACGUUGUCAAUACCUAUAGGGGAAUGAACGGCUCUCGAAGCCAUACGCCAGAUCCAUUAUCGCCAGAAGCAAGCGGAUCACCCGCCACAGCUUCCCAAAGAGGUCAAGGACAAGGAGGUGCUAGUCCAACAACGCAACGGAUUAAAGCUAUUGGAGUACCAACUCCACUUGCUAUUUCCAGUCCAAUUCGCAGAUCGAACCCAGGUACACCGACGCAGGUUCGUCGGCCAGAUUUUAUAGGAGUGAACGAUGCACCGACGUAUUAUGAUGUACAGCAGGGGAAUACCAAUACCAGUGUUGGUGGUGCUGCUAGCGGUGCAGUCGUGUCCGGUUACAGUCCACAGAGGCGUUUCUUGUCAGAAAGUGAGCUCGUUCGCCAGGGUACCGAUCACUCGUGCUCAAGAACUAACAAUACUGUCGACAACAUCCGAGAGUUAGCCGGUUCACCUCAACGUGGUGUCUAUAUGUGGAAAGACAACUCCCCUGGCAGCUAUCCUGCUCCAACAGGGAUGACGAACGCAACAACGCAUCAGUCACCCUCACAGAGACCUCCGCUACCGUACGAUUAUUACCGUUCCAAUCCAACAAGUCCCACACAACAAUUAUACGCGAAUGCUCCUAGAGCGGCGUAUCAUCCUGCGAUGAGGGGAGGAGUACCGGUCUUCCCGCCGCAUCAGUCGCCACAGGUGAAGAGAAAAGCCACGAUGGCAACGCCAACAACUCCAACGUCAGGCGACACUCGACACAGACCGAUGUCCUUCGUUAGAGCAUUGGAGAUGACAGAUUCCAUGGAAAUGGUAUCCGCUCCUAACGACAACAGAUCACAGCGGCCCACGACGCCAACACCGGACCGUGCAAGUGUCUACGACAUGAAUUACGAAAUAUCCGUAUAGCCCAGUUUUACGUUCUCCGCACCAUCCGUGCGGUUGGACGGAGAUUGUACCAGAAUUGCCGACAACAUUGAGCGUCUCUUGUUCCAAAGAGGAAAGAACGUACGCCGCUUACGAGAUAUCCGUCAAAGCUUUCGUGAUCGAAGCAGCAGCAGUUAAAGCAUUCAAUACAAAUCGAAUGAUAUUAAACAUCGGGUUGGCGAGGAUAUUGUAAAGUUCUUCCGGUCCAAAUGCAAAUCCACAAUCCACGGAUGAGUGUACUUCACUUGGGAUAAAGCGUGGGACGAAACAAGAUUAUUUUUUUCCCGAAGGAGAUAGGGCUGUACACGAUGAUGAUACACGUUGAAACGUAUCCAUAAGUGUAUGUAACGAGAAUCGAUGGAGAAGAUCUUCGGGUAAAAAAAAGGAGGAUAUCGGUGGUUCGAUAAUUUUCCAGUAUGAAUUAC